GAGAAAAAGGAGAAGAAGGACAAGAGAGACAAGAAAGACAAGAAAGACAAAAAGGAGAGGAGGCAUGACAAGCUGGAGAAGAAACAUAAGAAGGAGAAGAGGGAGAAGAGAAGGUUGACCGGCAAAAGUUCUCCUACCAAAGCUGGUGAAGCCUCUUCCACCAAAGUAGGACAAGCAUCCAAGUCCUCCAAAGACAGGACCCGCAAGGGAAUCAAUAUCUCCUUUGGGCUGGCCAAGCUGCUGAAGAACAGCCAAGGCAAGACCAAGGGAGCGCUGUCAAAGAAAAGCAGUGCCAACGGCAAGAGCAGUGACAACGGCAGCAAGCAGGAUGCUGAUGGGUUGUGGGUACGAACCGGAGACGGAAAGACGUGCACAUCGAAGUAUGUUGGCGUCAUCAAGUCCCAGAGCCGUGGGUAUCGAGUCCAGUUCAACCACGCUUACCUUGGCACCUGCGAGACGGAGCAG